AUGGCCUCCAGCACCUCUACAUCUAUUGAAGCUCGGUCCCAAGUCUUCCAGACUGAGUUUGAAGACAUUUGCCGAGAAAUCCAAGGCUCGGUCUUACCCAACAUCGUCACACCUUUGACUGAUGACGACGGCGCCACCACCGACUCCUGCAUCCUCGGCCCCUCUGUAGAUACCGGGAUGCUAGAGAGGAUGGUGGCUCAUUUGAAGAACAAUCUAGUGGACCUCUCGACCUUUGACGGGGGGGACUUCCAAGAUUGGAAUGUCGCCAGGCCGCAGCCCCAAUGGCCAACCUCGACCCUAGACCGGGAAAAAUGGCUGCCGAGGAUGGAGCACUUCUUCGGCCAGCAAUGGAAGGAUCAAGGCAUCUACCACUUGAUCAAGCUGUUCGAUCGGCCGCUCGUCAUGGACCGGUCGCUCUUGGCCGCGGCCCUAUGCUUCUGGUCGUUGGCCACAAAUACUAUGAACCUAUGGUUUGGCAUGAUGACGCCGAUCGUUCUAGACAUGGCCGCCCUAUUCGGCCUCUCCCACUUUGGCGUGGAAGUAAACGCCGCUCUAGUGGCCCCUGAGGAUGAAGGGAGUUUUAAGGCCACAUGGCCUACAGUCGCCGAGCUUGCUGGGAGUAAGGUGAAGAACAUGCUCAACUACUCCAGCUUCUACAGCAACUUCGGCGUGGAGAACAGCGUCGAUGAUGAUUCCAUCGCUCCCUUGGGCGAGGUCGAGCAUGCCGCGUUCUUGCUGUACUGGCUAUGCAAGUUCAUGUUUUGCACCCAGGCGAACAAAGUCACCCUGGAGUUCGUGUCACACCCCAACCCUCGGAUUUCCAAAACCUUGGGUUAA